AUGUUCUCCAGGAUCUUCAUCCCCAGGAAACACCGACAGCGCUUCGACGAGGUGGUCUCCCAGAGCCUCAUCAGCAAACUGUGCCACGCCAAGAGCAAGCACUCUGCCAGUCGGCUGAGGCGCAGCCGCAGCGAGGACCACCACGAGCGCCUCCUGGUCUCCACGCGGGCCAGCUCAGUGCCCAGGAGCCACGAGGAGAACGGCAAAAGCUUGAGGAAGGCGACUUCCCUCAUCGCCAGCAAUGUGGGCUCAGGGGCUGCUCGCAGGUAACUCCUCCUUCCCACAGACCUUUGGAACUCACUGCAGGUCUUUGCAUGCUGCGAUUUAAACAGUAAAUCUAUAGAAUGAAGGAAGAAGCCAUCCCCGCAGAAUCAUAAGGGCUGCAAAACAAACCCCUGUGUGAUUCUUCUUAAGUGUUUUGUUUUAUGUAUCAGCUUGUUUAGCACAGGAGCGUAGUUGAUGGAGUGCCCUCCAGACUCCCUAGCCAAUGGCCAUGUGCGCUGGAGCUGAUGGGAGUUGUACUCUCAUAGGAUAGCUCAGUUUGUUAGGGGGUGGUGCUGAUAAUGACAAGGUUGCAGGUUUGAUCCCCAUAUGGGGCACCUGCAUAUUCCUGCAUUGUAGGGGGUUGGGCUAGAUGAUCCUCAGGUUCCCUUCUAACUCUAUGAUUCUAUAAUUCUAACAACUGGAGGGCCCCACAUUGGCUACCCUUGAAUUAACAGGUGCCGUACAAGGCUGCCAGCUGUUGAUCCUAGAAUUGUAGAGUUGAGACACCUCAAUUCUUUUCACAUGCACUGCUGUCAAGCCAGGUGUCCCCCAUCCUGCAUCUGUGCAUCUGAAUAUUUCUGCCUAAUUGCAGAACCUUACCUUUGUCCCUGUUCAUGCUAGUUUUGUCCCAGUUCUCCAACCUGUUAAGGUCACCUUGAAUCCUGAUUCUAUCUGCUGUUGUUUCACCUGCGGUUAAAUAGAAAUGUCAUAAACAAACAAAGAAGCACUGGCUUUGAAAUAACAAUCUGCCACAUUUUCCUAAGCUUCCUCAUGCUCUUGAUGCUGAUGCUGUGGGGUGUGCGUAGGUAACGUGCCACAUCAACCUUCCUUUGUACAGCAAGCCAUCUAUGGUGGGGGCAGCAACCAUGGCAACAAGCAGAGGAGACCAUCUCUAUGUCUCUCUCCUUCAGCCAUCCAGUAUACAGUGGUACCUCGGGUUACAGACGCUUCAGGUUACAGACGUUUCAGGUUACAGACUCCGCUAACCCAGAAAUAGUACCUCGGGUUAAGAACUUUGCUUCAGGAUGAGAACAGAAAUUGCGCGGCGGCGGUGCAGCGGCAGUGGGAGGCUCCAUUAGCUAAAGUGGUACCUCAAGUUAAGAACAGCUUCAGGUUAAGAAUGGACCUCCAGAACGAAUUAAGUUCUUAACCUGAGGUACCACUGUAUCAUUAUCUGACGCAGGACCUUGCUUGAGAAUUACUAACCAUGCUAGGAACUGUGACCCUGACGCCCAAGUUCAAGGUGCAGUGAGGGUUCGUGAGCCUCUUCCUCAUAGAGCUGGAGAAGGCCAUCAGUGGCCACUAGCCAAGAUGGCUUGGCUUUGCCUCCACAGCCAGAGGUAGUAAUGGCAGAACUGGGAAGAACUGCAUGCCAAUGAAGGUGAUAGACGGUUGUUGAAGGAGGCAGGGGAGGUGAGAUCUCCUAGGCUGGGGGAAGGUGAGAGCUGGGAAGGUACAACCUUUUCUGUAUGGGGCAAAAGUUAAGAUAUACCUGUGAGAGAGGACUUUAAAUUCUUUUCAUUUCUCUGUUCUUUCUUUUCUUCUUUUGGUUAGGUUAGUGAAUUUGUUUUAUUGUAUUAUGAAAAGUCUUAAUAAAGUUUUAUUAUUAAAAAAAGGGGGGGGGAGAAGGAGACUCAUCUACACAAGGAAAGGGAGGUGGGGCUGGAGAAUAGAAGCCAGAAGAAGGCUUGUUCUUCCCUGGAGUUUCUGAAGCUCCUGCCCCAGUGCCAACCAACAUAAGAACCACUGGCGGAGGAAGAGGAGUGCAGGGGGAGCCCCCAGGAUGCAAGCCCCAGCGCCAGGAUGCGUACCAGCCACGCCCCUGCCUGCUCUCAGCCCCUCCCCCCGGUGCUGGAGCAUGAAGCUCCGCCACUGAUAAGGACUAGUAACUUGCUUGUUUCCCCCCAGGACUGUUCGUGUCUACAAAGGCAGCAGGAGCUUUGGGUUUACAUUACGUGGACAUGCCCCCGUGUGGAUAGAGUCCGUCUUGCCUGGUAAGGAGAACCAAGGUGUCCUGCGGAAUACCGCUGAUGGUUUCAUUUCCAGAAAUGGCACUUGCAGGUUAACUCCAAGUUCUCUGUGUGUUUUUCAUUUCUCUGACCAAACCUUAAGCCCAUAAAUGCAGUCAGGGAAGAGAAAGGUGUGUGGUUGGGGUGGGUGUUGUAUCUUCAGGAAACUCUGCUUUUGAGGCAGGGGAUCAUCUGCCCAGUCCUGAAUGACUGAUCAAUUUGUGCUCUCUCCCUCUGCCCCCCAUCUCUAGGGAGUCCAGCUGACAAAGCAUCCUUGAGAGCUGGGGACAGGAUCUUGUUCCUAAACGGCCUGGAUAUGAGGUGAAGGAGCUGCUCCUUUGUGUCUGCCUAUGAUCACCCCUGGGGCUCUGGAAUGCCUGCACCCAGGGAGGCUGCAAUGCCCCUCUGGGAUCCCAUGCAUCCCAAGAAGGAGAUGCAUUAUCCUGCUUCAGCCUUUGUUGACCUGGUGGGUGGUCUCCAGAUGCUCUGGCUGUGCUGGCAGAAGCUGAUGGGAGCUGUGGUCCAAUGUGUCUGGAGGGCACCAGGUCGAUGAACGCUGUCCUACUUUGUGCAAACCUGCUCAGCGCAGUACCCACCUGCCCUUCCUCGAAGGGCUUUUCUUGUGCGGCUGUAACUCUCCUUGAAAUGUCACAAGAGUCUUUCUCUCGCUCUGCAGGAACUGCUCCCAUGAGAAGGUUGUGUCCAUGCUCCAGGGCAGCGGGGCAAUGCCCACCUUGGUGGUUGAAGAAGGCAUCGUGAGCUUUUCCAGUGGUAAGAUCAGAGAUGGGUCGAGGGGAAGAUUUGGUCCCAGGGUUGGAAUGGGAGGGGAACACAUUCUACUUUCUUCUCAGCCUCUGUGUGAGGCGAGCUGCCAUCUCUCACCUGCAGCUUGCAGGAUUCCCAAGGUAGGAACCCUGGAAAUUAUGGGUUGUGUCAACCAAGUUCUGCUUACAGUAGACCUACUGAAAGUAAUGAACCUUACUUGAUCAUGUCCCUUAAUUCCAGUGCUUCUGCUUUGAGCAGGCACAGCAUGGAAUACAGCCAUGCAUUUCUAAGAGUCUAUGUCAGAGGGAAGUCAAGGUGCUCACAGAACUACAGUUCCCAAGUGGCAAAGAGAAGAUCAGCCUGGGGAAGACUGCAGCUUAGUAGCAGAGCCCCUGCUUUGCAUGCAGAAGGUUCCCAGGUCAGGCACCCCCAAACUCAGCCCUCCAGAUGUUUUGGGACCACAACUCCCAUCAUCCCUAGCUAACAGGACCAGUGGUCAGGGAUGAUGGGAACUGUAGUCCCAAAACAUCUGGAGGGCCAAAUUUGGCCAUGCCUGGCUUAGAGACUGUUGUAGUUAAGUGGUUUAGGGUUGAAGUUAAAUUGUUUCAACAAAAUAAAAUAAAAAUUACCUCAUAGGGCUUGAAAGGAGAAUGUGACUGUUUCGAAGGAUGGACACAAGCGAUUCCAUGCUAUCAGCACCCUGAGUGAUCUCUGUGUUGGGGAAAGUUAAUAUUUGGAGCCACCAAAGAUUUGCAAGAGGAUUCACUGGGUUUUUGUUUUGUUUUUUUUUGCUUGGGAUGGAGUCAUGUGCUUUGAGAGGGAGGAAUUGGGAAGCACUGCCACUUUAAAAGACAGGUUCAGAGCAGUGAUUACACCAGGGUGGUGAGGACUGGGCAUUGUUCAUGUCAGCUAAACUUCCAGGGUGAAUGCUAACUCCGAUUUAUCACGGUGGGGGUUCUUUCCGGACCACAUCCCUUCAAACAUACGAAGGUUUAACAACCUGCUACAUAGCUUUUGGACAGGAGCAGUUUGUAGCUUGUGAUUUUGCAAAAUAGACGGUUGUCUGCUUUAGGGAGGAAACGGAAGUCAACAUCCGCUCCUUUGGCACCGCAGAAACAAAUUGCAUGAAACUUCAUAGAGCUGCCAGGUGGAUAUGGGGAGAGUAUUGCUCGAAUUCUUAAACACGGUCCAAAUCCUAUGCCAUCCAUGAGCAUUAAGGCUGCAGCCCUAAGCACACUUACUAGUGAAUAAGCCCCUGAAUGGGACGGACUCAUGAGAAAACUCGUGCACAUCACGGUGGAAGUGGUGCUGUUUUUUGUAUGACUCCUGUAUAUGGGAAAAUAUAUGAAAUCCUGGAGGGUUGCUGCCAGUCAGUGUAGAUAGUACUGAGCUAGAUGGACCAGGGGUCUGACUGGGGAAAAUGAAGUUUCCUGUGCCCUUAUAAUUUGGCCCUUUAUCCCAAACCAUGAGAACGGGUGGGGACGAGAAGGGACAUGGGUGGCGCUGUGGGUUAAACCACAGAGCCUAGGACUUGCUGAUCAGAGGGUCGGCGGUUCAAAUCCCCACGACGGGGUGAGCUCCCGUUACUCAGUCCCUGCUCCUGCCCACCUAGCAGUUCGAAAGCACGUCAAAGUGUAAGUAGAUAAAUAAGUACUGCUCCUGCGGGAAGGUAAAUGGCGUUUCCGUGCGCUGCUCUGGUUUGCCAGAAGCGGUUUAGUCAUGCUGGCCACAUGACCCGGCAGCUGUACGCCGGCUCCCUCGGCCAGUAAAGCGAGAUGAGCGCCGCAACCCCAGCGUCGGUUUACGACUGAACCUAAUGAUCCUUUACUUUAUGAGAACUAGAAUCUUAUUUUCAGGGAAAGGGCUCUAUCUCAGUGCUAGAGCACAUGCUGUGGAUGCAAAAGGUCCCUGACAAUAGCUGGAUGGACCCAAGGGUCUGACUAAAGCAGCUUCUUCUCUUCCUACCACAUUGAGGGGCAAUGCAAAGACUUGCACAGUCAAAACGAGAGGGAAAGGGGUGCAUUUAUUGUGCAACCCUCCCAAAACCCUUUCUUAUGCUGAAUGGUCACUGGAGGGUUCAUGCCCCAAUCUCCCACCUUGGCUCAAAGGCACACCUGCCUCUUUUCCUGCUUUACCAUGAUUUAUCCAUUUAUGUGCAGACAGCGAGUCAUCGGAGAGCCCCAACUCCUCUUCAGCACUCACCUCCUUGCAGUGGGUUGCUGAGAUCCUGCCCUCCAGCAUCAAGAUCCAAGGGAGGACCUUCCAUCAGCAGCUGGAACAUCUGCUUACGCCGCCAGAACGCUACACAAUCUGCAAAGCACUAGAGAGUUUCUUCCAGCACAGGUAGGUUAUUCCCUCCAUUUAUUUCUGAGUGGGGCAUCCAAAGCCCUGUUAGGACCUGCAGCAGCAUCCAUUUACCAUGUGCUCUCUGUUACCUGAGUCCUGCAUCCGGGCCUAUUGUGGUUCUUGUAGACACAACACUUUGACAGCUGAGUCCAUGCAAUUCCUUUCAUCAGGAGCCAGGGGCUUGCAGUUCAAGGCUAGCACCAGGAGCUGGUGGGUGGGUUUCCACCACCGCCAGAGGUAUGUUCUUAAGAAAAUGUCCCACUUCUGACACCAUGUGCCAGCAAGUGGGCUAAGGCAGGUCUAACUUGCCCAUAUGCCUUAUUGCAACCAACCUAAUUCCAAGCAGAGCUGUCUCUUCCUGAUAGCACUAUCUAGCUCAGAGCUUUCCAAACUUUUCAUGUUGGUGACACACUUUAUAGACAGGCAUCAUUUUGUGACACGGUAAUUCAGUUUUACAUCAUUUCGUGACAGUAAUUCAGUUUUACUAGCAAACCAGAGGUUAAACUAACUGCUUUCUAGCCCCAGAGGGAGCAUGGGGAGUGUUCAUUUGGCACACCUACACACUGCAGCCAACAUACUAAUGUAUUUGGAUUUGAUAUCCCACUUUAUCACUACCCUAAGGAGUCUCAAAGCGGCUAACAAUCUCCUUUCCCUUCCUCCCCCGCAACAAACACUCUGUGAGGUGAGUGAGGCUGAGAGACUUCAGAGAAGUGUGACUUGCCCAAGGUCAUCCAGCAGCUGCAUGUGGAGAAGCAGGGAAUCGAACCCAGUUCACCAGAUUAGGAGUCCACUGCUCUUAACCACUACACCACACUGAAAGCUGUGAUCUAGCAAGACAGAACUUAAAUCUUCCUACGGAAAGAUGGGAGGCAUCUUUGAAUUCUCAAGUGCCUUCAGUAGCAACCUGACAAAAGUGAGGCUUUCUUGCUGGCAAGGAGGACAAGCAAUGUGGGAAGCCUCACCUAACUAAUUUGUGCCUGUCAGAUUUCCUUUUAGAGGCACAGGGGCAGCAGAGGUCAAGAGACCAGGGCAUCUCCUGGUGGCGCCAAAGAACAUUGCAUCCUAUUUUCCAGCUCCCCCCCAAAAAACACUGUUGUAUUUUCUCUUGUCGUCCCCCCCCAGGAACAUAGACACCCUCAUAGUGGACGUCUACCCAGUCCUGGACACCCCCUCCAAGCAGGUCAUCUGGCAGUUCAUCUACCAGCUGCUGACGUAUGAGGAGCAGGAGCACUGCCAGCAGAAGAUCACCAGGUUCCUUGGCUACAAAUCAGUGGCGGGUGAGCAGCCAGCACCUGGUGGGGAGGAGCACCCGUGGGUGGCACUGCUCAGGAGCUCGAGUGUCUGUCUCAAGCCAAACAUAUUAAACCCCUGUGUUGCAAACAAUUAUCAGUAAUAUCCAAGGCAACACAAUGACCGAGUACAACAAUGCAAUCUCAGUAUGAACUCUUUAUAUAAUCUAUACAGAACAUUGAACAGUAUAAAAUAUAUGAAAUACACACUCUCUGCAAAACCAAAUAAACAGAAAUCUUAUAAAUCUCUGAAAAUUACAAAAUAUGUACUCUUGGUGGAUUCUCUUGAAAAAAUAGAACCAAAUAAGCAUAAGUCUUAUAAGUCUAUGAAAGUCUUUGUAGACUAUGCAAGUCUCUGAAAGAAGCAAAGGGUCAGAUUCUAUGUUUCAUACUGUUCUGUAUAGAUUAUAUAAAGACUUCUAUGUUUUCAAGAGAAUCCCUCAAGAGUGCAUAUAGUUAGAUGGUUUUUGAGCCUGCUUUGUAUUAUAUUAUUGGGUUUGUUUUUAGUUUUGUUAUUGAUAACUUGUAGCUAUUUUUAGUACAUUCUGUUAACUUGGAAUUAGAUUUACGACCGUGUAAAUAACAUUGAGACCACUUGGGACGAAAUGCUCUAUAUGAAUACAAUGGGGUUGUGCCCAGCAUUAGUCAUCCUUAUAGUAGACCCAUUGAAAUCAGUGAGUGUGAUUUAACUUAGGUGUAUUCAUUUCCAUGGGUCUAAUGCUGAUUAAAACUUAGCUGGACACAAUCCACGGAAAACAGGUGCAUUCCAGCCACACAGGAGUGACAUCCAUCUAUAUCUCUGCACCCAGGCAAGCAAGAGGCAUUAUCACAGCGCUGGGCACAUUCCAACCAAGCAAAAGUGCUCAGGGAAGAGUCCUGAGGGCCAGACAGAAAGGUGUGGAGGGCUGCAUUUGCCACCCAUAAGUUAAGGAAUCCAGCCAGCUCGUAAAAAUACCAGCCCGCAAAGCUCUCUUUUAGGGAAAGUGUCCUUGCUACAGAGCAGCAGUGGUGGUGUGUGGGUAUUAACACAUCACCCGAGUUCCUGCCGUGAAGGGCCCACCCCACCUCCUUCCCGCACUGUUGCUCUCUCCAGUUGCUGUGGCAACCUCGGCACCAGCUGUGUGUUUUAGGGGAUUGUGGGCAUUAGAUCCCCAGCAGGGUAAAUUUAGAAUGAAAGGUCUUAAUCUUCGGCUUUGGGGAACAGUUAUUUGCGAGCAAAUGCCCGUGUUUGUGGCAAUGAGAUUAUUUUUACACCAGGGAGCAGCUCAAACGUGAGGCCAAAGGGGAGAGGGCGCUUUGGGAGAGCAGGCGCCCGAGAGGAUGUGUGUAAACACACCAGCCCUGUCACAAAGAUCAAAAGCAGCCAUGAGGAAGAUCAUGGGAACCUGCUGUAGACUGACUCAGUAUUGUCUACACUGACUGGCAGGGACUCUCCAGGGAUUCAGCCAGGGAGCAUUUCCCAGCCUUACCUGGAAACAACAACAACAACAACAACACACUAAAUAGCUUCCUUAGACAGGGCUGCCUUCAGACGUCUUUGUCAGGAUUUGAACCUGGGACCUUCUGCAUGCAAAGCAGGUGUUCUAUCACUGAGCUACAGCCCUUCCAGAAACAGCUCCUGUAGUCUUGGAAUGAAUAGAUUCAGAGUUUGACCAGAAACCCCCAGUGUGGCUGUGCUGGAUGUAGCCAUAGCUGGCUGGGAGCUGCUGAAGCCCACCCCCCUGGAUUCUAUUCCAUGCCCUUGCCCUGAAUGUUACUUUUGUCAUUUAUAGCCUAUGCUUCCUCCAGGGAGUUUAUAAGAAGAGAACCGGGUGGAGGGCCUUCUCUGUAGUGGCACCCUCCCUGUGGAAUGCCCUCCCAUCAGAUGUCAAGGAGAUACAUAGCUAUACAACUUUUAGAAGGCAUCUGAAGGCAGCCCUGUAUGGGGAAGUUUUUAAUGUUGGUUGUUUUAUGAUGCUUUUGUAUUUGUUGGAAGCCACUGGAAGAGGCUGGGGCAACCCAGUCAGAUGGGUGGGGUAAAAAUAAUAAAAUAGUUGCUGUUAUUAUGAAGGGCCUUGCAGUGCUGGAUUUCACGGGGGGCGGGGGCUAUUUAGUCCAUCAACCUGUUCUCACAGUGGCCAACCGGAUUCCUCUUCUGGGAAACCUGCAAGCAGGACCUUGGGUGCAACAUCAACACUCCCCACUUACGAUUCCUUGCAAGUUAUAUGGGGAGGCAUCCCACCUCUGUUACUGGAGGUCAUACACAGCCAUUGUGGCUACUAGCUGCUGAUAGCCUUAUCCUCCAUGCACUUGUUAUUGCUGGAUGUCCUCAUGGUUCAGAAAAGAGCAACCCCAAUGACUCCCCUUUGAGGAAAGAUGGAAGCAUCUGGGGAUUUUUAGUUAGAGAAAAGGAUAUAAAGGGCUCGUCCACACUUCCGCUUGUGGUUUUCUCUCUGCCGCAAUCCGCUCCCAGGGAAAAUCUACUCUUUAGCUCUAAAUCAGAACAAACAACAAUCCAUAGAACACUUGUAUUGCUGUCUGCUCCGAUUGAGCACCGAAGAGCAGUUUUCUCUGGGGGGAAACAGCUGGACCAGAGGAAGUGUGGAUGAACCCUGAGAGGAAACUUAUACAAUUAUUCAUGAUUUGGAGAAAGUGGAUAGAGAAAAGUUUUUCUGACUGCCUCCUGUGGAAGGGAGUUCCAUAGUUUAAUUAUGUGCUGCAUGAAGAAAGACUUUCUUGUGUGUCUCGACUCUUCCAACGUUCAGCUUCAUUGGAUGCCCAUGAGUUCUAGCGUUACAACGGAUGGAGACAAAAACCAUCCAUGUGGUGUAGGAUUUGAUAAGCUUCUCUCCUGCCUCCUCAUAAUCUCUCUUUAAAUCGGGACUGUCAAGUCCCAAACACUGCAGCCUUGGGCAUCCCUCAGGCAGUUCCACUUCUUUUUCAGCCGCAGUUGAGACAGAGGCAGAGGAUCGGCACCGCAGCUCCAUGCGGGGGGCCUCAGCAUGCCGGGAAAGUGUCCCCACCCACAGUCCUGAGGGCAGUGGAGCUGGAGGUAGGUCACAUUCUGUGUGUUCUCAGAAGGUUGUCUUUCUGUUCCUUCCCACUUUUGACUAGCUCUCACUGAGAGGCAAAUCUAUCCAAUUCUCACUUCCUGAAACAAUAUGAAAGCUGAAGCUCAGCCCUCCUUUGAAAUCCACACACUUAGCAAUGCAGUUUCCCGCCCAAGAAAUGUCUAUAAAUGUGCAUGUACAAAGGUAAAGUGUGCAUAACGGUGCAUAUAUUAGUGAAAGCAAUGUAGCGAAACUGCAUCGCAUUAAGGGGAAUUGCUGCAAAAAUGUGUGCAUGAAUCAAAACUGCAAAAAAAGUGUUUAUUAGGAGAAAUUCGCACUGAUGAAUGUUCAUGAUGAUUAAACAAAGGCACUUCUUCCUUUGUGGGGAAGGGUGUGGCUGGGGGAGAUUUCUGGGGGCCAGACAGAGAGCCCUGGAGAGCCACAUCCACCCUCUCCCAAAGGUUCCCCAGUCCAGUUCUUCACUUUUUUGGGACAUGCUGUGGAAUGCACAGUGGCUCUUGAGUAGUUUGAGAAGAUGAGGUUCCUGCUUUCCUGUUUGGGACUCCCCUACCUUUGGCUGUUUGGCCAUGGUGCAAAAAGGACAGUGUUGCUGUGGAGAAGAACUGGCGGCCAGCUUCCUCCUUCAUAGCCUGGAUGUUGCCUUGCAGAACUCAGCUGGGCACUAGGAUGGGGACAAAAACUAAGAUGUGUUGGCUCUGCCUGCCAUUGGUUCUGGCUUCACCUGUGCCCCUGCUUUCCACGCUGCCAGUCCCAAUUGGUCCCCAGCCACCUCUGGCAGCUUCUGCCCCUGCUGCCUCUCCAUUUCUCUUCCCAUCAGGUCCCAGCGAAGCCUCCGAGGUGCCAGUCCGCUUGGCUGCAGGGGAGAGGCAAGCGGGGGAUGGAACUUCCCUUCCGGAGACGCCCAACCCCAAAAUGGUGAGUUCUGGGUCUGGCUUAUGGAAGAUGAAGCUAGUGAGGAAGGGUGGGAGACAGGGCCAGGCAGGCAGCUAAGCGCACAGGGACUCCUUCCUUCCCUCUGCUCUUUUUCAGAUGUCUGCUGUCUAUGCAGAACUGGAAACCAGGCUGACCACUGGCUUUGGAGGGAAGCUGGGCAACUUAGCCAUGCACAGGACAUCACCUCCCAUUCCAGAGCAAGGAAACCCAGCAGGUGAAAAUAUACCCCCACCCUCCUUGUGUCUUGGCUUGGCAGCAGAAGCGACUUGUGAAUUUGAGAUGGUGCACAUAACGCGUCACAAAAGUCAGAGGACUGGUGUAUGCUGGGAUAACUUCACCCAUAUAGUUUUCAGAUCAAGGGAAGUGAUAAUACCACUCUAUUCAACUGCUUGGUCAGACCCCACCUGGAGCCCUGUGUCCUGUUCUGGGCACCCCAAUUUAAGAAGGAUAUUGACAAGCCGCAAGGAGGAGUGCAGAGGAGGGUGACCAAGAUGAUCAGGGGUCCGGAAACAAACCCUUGUGAGGAACAGUUAAGGGAGCUGGCUGUGUCUUUCUGCAGCUCCAAAAGGGAGGAGAGAUGUACACAAAAAUCCUGGUGAAUUUUCAGGAGCACUUAAAAAAAAAUGCAAACAGAUGCAGAAGUAUGAAGAGCUCAGCAUUGAGUUGGAAGAACGAAAAACCCAAAUCGACAGAUUCACCCAUCCCAACUUGGCACCAAGUUUGCUUGUUUUUUUAAGAUGCCACAAGUUUAGCUGUAUGGGAUCAACUGGGAUGGCUAUAGGCAGUGGCGUAGCAUGGGGGGUGCAGGGGGGGCCGGCCGCACCGGGCGCAACAUCUAGGGGGGGGCGCGCUCGCACUCACAGCUCUCUGCCCCUACCUGGCUCACUCACUCUCUCUCACUGCAGUGCUGGCUGUGCGAAUCCGAUCCGAGCCGCUGGGUCGCCGCCCACUGUGGGUCCACUGUGGGUGCCAGGCGUGCGGUGCGGAGAGAGAGCGAGGGACUAUCUGGGGGAGGGACAGUGCAGCGGCCGCCCAGCGCAGCGCUGAGCGCGGGAGAGAACCACACCAGACCAGCCCAGGCAGCAGCAAGAAGAAGCUGGCAGCGGCGGCAGGUUAGGGGUUAGGGGGCGCAAAUUACUUGCCUUGCCCCGGGUUAGGGGGCGCAAAUUACUUGCCUUGCCCCGGGUUAGGGGGCGCAAAUUACUUGCCUUGCCCCGGGUGCUGACAACCCACGCUACGCCGCUGGCUAUAGCCAUUAUUUAUUGUAUUGCUAUCCCAUCUUUUUUCUCUCUAAGGUGCUCAAAGUGGCACAAAUAGUUCUUUCCCUCCCCAUUUAUUCCCCACAACAACUCUGAGGUAGGUUCGGCUGAGAGGCAGCGACUGGGUUGAGGUCACCCAAUGAGCUUUAUGUCAAAUGGGGAUUUGAACCCUGGUCUCCCAGGUUCUAGUCUGACCCUCUAACCACUACACUAUGCUGUCUCCGCAUAUUAACUCCCUACUCUGCAAUGAUUUGAUUCCAUCCCAAGGUCUGCACAUGUGGACAUUCUGCAAACUCAGAGCCAUAAUUAUCGGCUGCCCUGCCCCCUUUGCAGGGCAAGGCCAAAUCCAACGGAACCACUUUGUUCCCUUUCCAUCCCCCUGCAGGUACUCGGAAGUCGGGCCUGAGCAUCUCCUGGCAGAACGACCACCCUCCACCCGACCAGCCGUGCUACUACCACUCGCACGGUGGGAUCCCCUCCCCCUGCAGCACCGAAUCCAACCCCUACGUCAGCCUGGACUGCAGCCCCGCCCCGUCCCCGAAGCACACAGGCUACGCCCUCAGCCCGCUCUCCCGGAGGAAGAAGCUCUUCACCUUCUCCCGCCCGCCACGCAGCCGGGAUACGGACCGCUUCCUGGACGCUCUGAGUGAGCAGCUGGGGCACCGGAUCACCAUUGUGGAUGACUUCCUCACGCCCGAGAAUGACUACGAGGAGGUGGGAGAGAGAGGGUGGCACUUUGCUUCUCUGGUAAAAAGUGCUGGGGGGGAAGCUUCCUUGGCAAGUUUUCACCCUCUGACUGGGAACCCCGCCCCCUGCCACCCAUCCCUGCACCCAGCAAUUUGGAUGGUGUAGGUGGGGAAUGCUGAAACAUGGUGGAAUGGGCAUCCCAUAAUGCUUCAAACUGUGGACAAAACCAAGGCGAUGCCCAGGGGCAUUGUGGUUUGGUGCAUAUAGGACAUAGGGUGAAGACCCAUGGAAUAAAUUUGAUUACAUUGUGCAUAUGCUAAUUUGUUUGCAUGGAGGCCUCUUGAUAAAUGAAGGCUGGUAACUGGUGUCAUAAUAAUAAUAAUAACAAUAAUAAUUUCAAUUUAUAUCCAGCUCUUACUCCCAAAUGUUUCCAGGACAGCAAGCAUAUCAGCAACAAUAUUAUUGAUUGAUAUUGAUUGCAGGGGUUUGGGCUAGAUGAUCCUUUGGGUCCCUUCCAACCCUAUAGACCAUCUUCAAGGGCAGCCCCCCACACAGUACAAUGCAGUAACUCAGACAGGAUGCCACCAGAGCACGGGCGCCUGAGGCCAGGCUAGCCCAGUCCAGGAACUGCCCUGUAAACAAGUUUGUUUUUACAGUGAAGCCCACUUCCCACCAGCCAACGAAGGGAGGUGCAGGAGAUACAGGGCCCAGUACAAAUGGUGUGGGCCUCUGUCCUUCUGGGCCACCCCUUAACAAUGCCAAUGGCAUCCUUUGGCAUCCCAGAACCCCUCUUGCGAAAGGCAUCUUCUGGUGCGCUGGAGCUACCUCUUGAGAUGACCCAUCUAUUUAUUUAUUGCAUAGAAUUUAUACACUGUUUGAUUGGUGGUUUUUUAAAAAAAACUCAAACAGAACGAAACAAUAAAAUCAUCAGCAAGAACAACUCUGUAAAACAGAGGACAAAAUCAACAAUAAACUGAAAGCAGAUUAAACCACACACCAGCAUUCUCCACCUCUGGGUAAAGGUAAAGGGACCCCUGACCAUUAGGUCCAGUUGUGGCCGACUCUGGGGUUGCGGUGCUCAUCUCGCUUUAUUGGCCGAGGGAGCCGGCGUACAGCUUCCGGGUCAUGUGGCCAGCAUGACUAAGCCACUUCUGGCGUACCAGAGCAGCGCACGGAAACACCAUUUACCUUCCCGUCGGAGCGGUACCUAUUUAUCUACUUGCACUUUGACGUGCUUUCGAACUGCUAGGUUGGCAGGAGCAGGGACCAAGCAACGAGCGCUCACCCCGUCGCGGGGAUUCGAACUGCCAACCUUCUGAUCAGCAAGUCCUAGGCUCUGUGGUUUAACCCACAGCGCCACCUGUGUCGCCCACCUCUGGGUAGGCUUGUCUAAACACUAGUGUUUUCAAAAGGUGCCGAAAAGGUUAACAGCGAGGGUGCCUGCCUGAUGUCCCCUGGCAGGGAGUUCCAGAGUGCUUUAGCCAUCUAAUCUCUCGUCUUUCUCUCCCCAGAUGAGUUUCCACGACGACCAGGGCAGCUACGUCACCAAUGACAUGAGCAGCGCCAGCGAGUACCUGAGCAGCAGCGAAGGCAGCUCCUUGACCUACUCCACCUUGUCCGAUCACAUCCCUCCGCCCCCCAUCAGCCCACCCCCACUCCCGCCUCCGCUGCACUCCCACGAGCCCAAAGAGGAGCACCGGAGCACGGAGGCCGUGAAGAAGACUCCCUCCUCCUCCUCCUUUCCCUCCUCCUCCACCCCCCACCCCAAGCCCCCAGACAGCCACUCACAGCAAGCCCCUCCACCUCCUCCACCUCCGCUGCCCCCUCCGGUUCCCUGUGUUCUUCCCCCGGUGACUCAGGGCAUCAUUCAGCGCAGGAACGAGUCCAAGCACAUGAGCGUCAAGCGGCUGCGCUGGGAGCAGGUGGAGAAUUCCGAAGGCACCAUCUGGGGACAGGUAAUGUUGAGGAUGCGCCAUUCAGUUGCAUUUAAAAGCACAUCUCCCCCCGCACCAUGUCCACCCACUCGGUUUGCGCUCUCUGAAAUAAUAGACAGACUGAACCACAACCAUCCUUUGAGAUUUGCUCAUCUCUGAAUGUUGCGAUCCAAUUUUCCAGCUGAGUAAUGUGUGGAAAAAUGCAGGGCAGUCCAACUUUUCAUAUCAAGCAGGCCACAAGAGUACUUUGCGGGCGGUGUUCGUUUGUUUACUUUGGGGGGCACAAACCUCCACAUUUGUAGCUGUGGAGAAGUGCCCCAAAUAUAUAGCAAGAGGCUGGAGCUGUCCUUGUGGUCUGCAAGAGACAGACGAACAUUGCAGAUAACAAAUCACUGUAUCAAACCCAAGGGAAGUCUGUCUGGGAGGCUGCUCUCUCCAGCCAGUUCCAGACCCAGCUAUGAUGUUGCUUUAAGUCCCUCUCUGCAGGGGAGGUGUGUCUCUCUCUGUGUGUCCCAGUGGUUGACCCCAAAUUGCCAGAUAAAGGCCUGCUUGAGCACCAUCCAAGUCCCUCUUGUAUGCUUCUGAUAUGGAAGAAAGAGCACGUUUACCCUCUGCUCUUGGCCUCUGGAAUCAUUGACCACGCCUUUUCCUUGCGCAGCUCGGGGAGGACUCGGACUACGACAAACUGAGCGACAUGGUCAAAUACCUCAACCUGGAGUUGCAUUUUGGAACCCAGAAGCCAGCGAGUGAGUCCUCCAUCUGUCUGUAUGUCUCUCUCCGCAAGCACCGGCAGCCCUCAUCUGCCAGAUGCAGCUGGGGGGGUGGAGGGAGAGAAACAAGAGCCAAGCCAAUCUCGUCUUGGGGAUCUUAGCAGAGUCCCCUCCAUGGUCCUGAGAUGGGCGCACAAUUUGCACAAUGGCUGCUUGUGAACCCUUGUCAAACUCUGUUGCUGCCCAAUCCCCUUUGGCUGUUGACGUGGGAGAAGCAUGACCGUCUCCUUGCCAUUGUCUUCUCUACAAGGGAGUGGUUGUCUCUUUGAGGGGAUUGUCUUCCCUCUGUGUUUCAGUGGGUGGGGGCUUCCUUUGUUUUCUCUGUCCCAUCAUCCUGGUGUCUUGUGCGUCCUCCCCUUUUGGGUGGGCUGCCAGGCCAAGCCCACCUUCAUGUCCUUGAGUCAUAGAUUGAGAAAAUGUGAGGGUGGCAACCGUGGAAAAGGCAGAUUCCACACCUGAGAUACCGUGUGCAAUUCUGGUCUCCUCACCUCAAAAGAGGACAUUGCAGAGUUGAGAAAGAUCCAGGAAAGGAAAACCAGAACGAUCAAGGGGGUGCUCUCCCCUAUGAAUAAGGGUUGCAAUGUUUGGGACUUUUUAGUUCAGAGAAAAGGUGAGUCAGGGGUGAUAGGUGGCGCUGUGGUCUAAACCACCGAGCCUCUUGGGCUUGCUGAUCGGAAGGUCAACAGUUUGAAUCCCUGCAAUGGGGUGAGCUCCUGUUGCUCUGUCCCAGCUCCUGCCAACCUAGCAGUUCGAAAGCACACAAGUGCAAGUAAAUAAAUAGGUACCACUGCGGCGGGAAGGUAAAUGAUGUUCCCGUGUGCUCUGGCUUCAGUCACAGUGUUCCGUUGCGCCAGAAGUGGUUUAGUCAUGCUGGCCACAUGACCCAGAAAGCUGUCUGUGGACAAACACCAGCUUCAUUGGCCUGAAAGCUAGAUGAGCGCUGCGUCCCAUAAUCACCUUUGACUGGACUUAACUGUCCAGCAUUCCUUUACCUUUACCUUUUACUAUUUAUAAAAUUAUGCAUAGCAUGAAGGGGGGGAGCAGAUGUACUCUGAAACUAAUGAAGCUUAAGCUUCAGGGCCCCUAAUCCUGAAGGAGCCCCAGAAGUUAUUUUAUUCCGCACUACCUCUCUGCUAAAGGGACGUGGGUGGCACUGUGGUCUAAACCGCAGAGCCUAGGGCCUGCCGAUCAGAAGGUCGGCAGUUCAAAUCCCUGUGACUGGGUGAGCUCCAGUUGCUCGGUCCCUGCUCCUGCCAACCUAGCAGUUCGAAAGCACAUCAAAGUGCAAGUAGAUAAAUAGGUACCUCUCCGGCGGGAAGGUAAACGGCGUUUCUGUGCGCUGCUCUGGUUUGCCAGAAGCGGCUUAGUCAUGCUGGCCACAUGACCCGGAAGCUGUACUCCGGCUCCCUCGGCCAAUAAAGCGAGAUGAGCGCCGCAAACCCAGAGUUGUUCGCAACUGGACCCUAAGGUCAGGGGUCCCUUUACCUUUACCUUUACCUCUCUGCUAAGGAGCAGGGGGCUAGUGGGGGUACAGCAAAGACGAAGAGGCUUGGCAGGUGAAUGAGAUAAGCCAAGUGGACUUUCUUGAGGAAGAAGCACUGCACGUGAGAAUCCCAGGUGGAGAAACAGGACGAAGAGUGGGUGAGCCAUGAUAGGACCAGGGUCUGGGAUUUCUUGUGUAUCUGACAUCUUGUCUUGCCUUUUGCAGCCGAGUGUCCUUCUCUCUCCAGCUGGGGGUGGGCAAGCUCAGGACGGCGCUCAAGGACCCCCACCCAGCAUGCAAACUUCCAGCCCUGCAAGCUCCGUUUGUUUCCAUCCCAUCCUGAUCCCAUGCGCUUCUUCUUCUUCUCUCUCUUCUCCCGAAUCCCUCCGACCCCUGUCCUUAUCUCUGAUUAAAUCUUUCAGUUUCUCUUCCAGAGCCGAGCCCCCUGCCAGAGUCCUUGAAAAAGAAAGAUGUGGUUGAGAUUCUGUCACACAAAAAGGCCUAUAACACAUGUAAGUAGCGCCUGGUGAAGGACGCAGCAGGUCCAGGGGCCGAGAGGCAGGCAGGUAAACGAGAGAGAGAGAUGUCUGAGCCAACACCAGUUGGGGUCUCUAUUGGCAGGAAUCAGGGGGUGGGGCCGGGGACUGUGAUAUUUUUAGGGGUGCCAAUCCCCUGAAGCACUGCAAGGUCUUCUGGUGCUCCCCUUGUGGGUUGGGGAACAUUAAAGGUGCGGAAGAAAUGUGCGCAGAUUGUGUUUUUAAAGGGAACCAACCUAAUUCAUGGUUCCCGAACCAAAGCACCACCCAUAAUGCAGUUCUCCCUUGCUUGAAUUUUACAAAGCACUUUGCCAACUAAAUAUAUAUAUAUACUGUGUCUGUUAGGGUAAAGUGAGCACAACAAUGCAUAUAUUCGUGAAAAUAACCAAAACGGACUUCACAUGGGGAAAUUGCACGCAAAAACGUGCAUAUUUCCUGAAACUUCAGCAUGCAUAAGUAUUUUGAUGCAGACUUACAAAUAUAAAAUAAAGCAUGGCCUCUAAGUCCUACACAGAGUAGACCCAUUGAAAUGAAUGAGUCUCAGUUAGCCAGGCCUACUAACUUCAGUGGACCUACUCUGAGUAGGACUAACACCCCAAAACCCUGGUGUGAAAAUGGGGGGGGGGAUGGACAAGACAGGGAAGAAAAUGAGAACCUGAGAUGGGCAGAUUUGCCUGUCCUUUCCCUGGAUGCACUUGUGCUCUGGCCCAGCCUGUCAAUUCUGGGUUAGAAAUCCUUCGCAGGGCACCCACCCCGCUCUUCUUCUCUGCCCAGCCAUCUUAAUUGCCCACCUCAAGCUCUCCCACAUCGAGCUGCGCCAAAUCCUCUUGACCAUGGAGAGCGACCGCCUGGAGGCUUCUCACAUCAAGCAGCUGCUGCUCUAUGCGCCUGACGCAGAGGAAGUGGAGCAGUACCACAAUUACCAGGGCAGCCUCAGCAAACUCAGCGAGCCGGACCAGUUUGUGCUGCAGGUGAGUCUAAGCCAGUGGUUCCCAAAUCUUUUCAGGCCCCCUUGGUCCCAUAAACGCAUCCCCAGUGCCAUCUACCCUAUAAAAAGCAGUCUUCAGAAUAGCAGUUUGCAUUACCCACUAAGGAAGAUAACAACACAAUAAAAUUCAGAAAGCAACAAACAAAUGCACAUGCAUUCAAAAUCCAAUUCAAACUAUUUCGUUUAAUUAAUGCAACAAAGUGGAUGAGAUUGAUCCAGUGAACCCAGCUUUUCAAAGUCUGAUAGUCAUUUACCCUUCUAGCACCUCCCUGCCACCCCCUUGCCUCUUAGCAACCCCCUAGCUAAUCUCAUUGCCCUCCCCAGGGGGCACUACUGUCCACUUUGUGAACCACUAGUCUAAACAAGGAUUUCCCAAACUUGGGUCUCCACCUGUUUUUGGACUACAGUUCCCAUCACCCCUGAUCACUGGUCCUGCUAGCUAGGGAUGAUGGGAGUUGUAGUCCAAAAAUAGCUGGCGACCCAAGUUUGGGAAAGUCUAGUGUAAACCAAGGUGCUACACAAAGGCAGGGAAGUUGGCCCAGUGUCAUGGCGAGGAGGGAGAGUGUCAGUCUGGCUGCAUGGGGAGGGGGGCUGUGACCCACUGGGCCAUGAACAGAUUCAGGUCAGGAGUGUAGUUCAUCAAAAGACCAUGUGAGAUUUGUCUGUUCUUCAAAACACACACAUGUGAGACAUAAGCACACCCAAGCUCCUGAGCACUCACCCUGAUCUGUUUGCACAAAAGUUGUGCAGAGGUUCGGCCAUGCCACAUCUCUGUUGAUCACUCAUCCUUAAUUGUUUGUGGGGAGGUUAAAUGACAUUGAACAUUUGUGCUCAUUUGCUUAUGGGGUGUUUCUAUGUAUUUCCAUCAAUCAUUUGCUUGUCCCACACUUUUCAAUGCACUUCCCCAUUAUUUCUUAACCACAAAAAGUCAGUCUAUUUUUCCCAGGUAGAUUUCUUGCACAAGGGCAGCAGAAUGCUUUAAUCCACUUUAAUUGGCUGAAUUGGCACACUGCAAAUUACUAACAGUUUGGAGACUCCCGUAAAUGCUUUUUAGGCUGGAUCUAUUCCCUUCUGACAUUAAGGUCUGGAGAAGCUCACUGACAAAGAACUGGGAGGGGGAAUCCCAUUCAGUUUGCAGUUCUGAAACUGUUGUGCAAAGCAAAGCACAGCAAUCCUUCAAAAUUCAUACUUCUCUGAAUUUUGCAGCCCAGUUUUCCAGCCCAGUAACAUGUACUAAAACACAUUGGUAAAGCCUGCAUUAAAUGUGUAUGUUAGUGAAAAUAACACACAAAAUCACACUCUGUUAAGGAAAACUGCCUUGCAAAAAUAUGUAUGUUAGGAUAAAUUUGCAGAUGAAUUUUCAUGAGGAUUUCUGCAAACUAAUGUAGAAAACUACACUUAAGAUUGGAUAAACGAGUAACUGAAAUUGAUAGAUCCACCCAUUUUUGCUGACUUUGAGAUAACCAAGAUAUGUUUCUAUUAAACACCCUUGUCACUUCGUCUAUAAAGCAAAUGUGGGGAGGGUCAAUUGAAAGAAGGGCGGGCUAGCCCUUGGUUCAGGGGCCUGAUCUAGCCAAGCAUUUUUUCCCUGCCCUGCCCAGACCUCAGGAAUUUUGGUGGUAGCGAAAAGAGAUGGUGGAAUAAAGUGCGGACUCCCCUCCCUGUUCCCUUCCUCCUUCCUCUUCCAGAUGCUUUUGGUACCCGACUACAAGACCCGCCUGCGCAGCCUCCACUUCAAGACCACCCUGCCGGAGAAGAUGGAGGAGCUCACAGCCAGCUACGAGUGCAUCUACAAUGCCUCCCUGGAGCUGAAGAACAGCAAGAAGCUGGCCAAGAUCUUAGAGGUCAGGAGAGCUGGUUUUGUUGCUUGUGUGCACCACCAGGGGGCAGCUGCUUUUCACUCAGCCAGAGUUUGGUGGCUCCUUCCCUCCUGGUUCCAGGGGUGGCAGGGCUUCACAACUCUAGGCAUUUAGAAUGCAAACGGGCAAACUCACUUCUUACCCGACAUCUUUAUUACUCCAGAAUGGUCCUCCCAUGUUUUUCCAGUGCUUUUUUUUGAGAAAUCUGACAAAGGAAUGGAACAGAAGCACAAUCCUGGAGCGAUUGUGCAUCUUUUUUUUUUUGCAAAGGACUGCUCCUUCAACAACAACAACAACAUCAACAUUUUUAAUUUGUAUACCGUCUUUCUAUCUUACAAUACUCAAGGCUGUUUACAAGCUGAAGAAACAAAAAAUGUACAUCUUAUAACAAUCUAAUGCAAUACAAAAAUGUGAUAAUAAAACAUAACUUUAGAACAAACAACCUACAUCAAAAAUGUAACAUUCAGCAAUCAUUGGAGUAGUAUAAAAUAAUAUCAGCAUAUAAAAGUUACAGAAAUUCACCCUUAACAGUUACGAUAAAUAAUUUCUAAGCUAUAAUCAAUAAAACAACGGCAAGCCACAGUACAUGAAAUAAUACAAUACAAAUUGAGAAGCAGAGACUAGAGGGUGGAGCAAGGCAGGUGGAAAGAGGCCUUGCCUGAUGGAGUCUCUCCUUGACAUGGGAAUGGAAAAAAAUGCAGUCCAAAAUGCCCCUUUCUUUUCAGCUGAGCUUUGCUGGGAUGCAGGUGCAGCCAGGGAGAACUUUGGCUAGCCUGUACUCUCCUUCCCCACCUCUCCACCCAGCCCGCUUUCUAAAAUAAAAAUAAAAAUCUCUAUCUUAUGUGAGAGAAGAAGGACUGUAGCUCAGUGGUACAGCAGCUGUUUCACAUACAGAAGGCGCCAGGUUCAAUCCCCAGCUGGACCUCUAGGUAGGACCUGCGGGGAAUAUCUCCCACCUGAGACCCUGGCGAGCCACUGCCAGUCAGUGCAGACAAUACUAAGCUAGAUGGACCAUGGUCUGACCAAGUAUGUGUGUCAACUUCCAAUGUUCCUCCUCCAGUCUCAGAGGCUCAGGUGGUGGCAGUCCAGGACAGGGCCUUCUCUAUGGUGGCUCCUUAAGUUGUGGAACUCCCUCCCUACAAAGGUGUGCCUAGCACCUUCAUUAUACAGUGUUCGGAGAAUGCUGAAGAUGAGCCUCUUUACCCUGGCUUUUGACACUGGGAGGCGUAUGUUUUUAGGAUGCACCUUAUUUUUAUGUUUGUAAGUAGCUUCAAAUUGUUUUUAAUAUGGAGUUUUUUAUAAUAUAUUUUUAUUGAAUUUCCUUUUUUAUAUAAAUUAACUUCAAAUUCAAUAAUUGUUUCAUGUAUUGACUUCCCACCCAAACCUCCACAGCGUUUUUGUUCAAGACCUUUUCUACUGCAUUAUAUAGCAAACUCUCUUCUAUUACAGAAACCCGUCUCAUACAAUCACUUUAUCUUUUUCUUCUGCUGUGCCUAUCUUGAAUCCUGCCCUGUCAAAUUUCAUUUGACUGGUUUCUUUUUUUCCAAUAGUUCACAAAAAGCCUCCAUUCUACUCUAAAAAGUUCAUUAUUUCAAUCUCUUAAUGUUGCCGUCAACUUUGCCAUUUCCACAUAGUCCAGUUCAUUAAAGUUUUUAAUAUAGUAUUUUAACGCUGCAACGUGUAACCCAUUCUGGAACCUUUGGGUGAAGGCCGGACAAUAAAUAACUAAAUAAUGUCCCUUAUUUAAAGCUGCCCAAUUUGCUGGCCAUCAGAGGGGGUGAAGCACCCCUGCUCCUAACAAUCUUCUCUUCUCCAAAUCCUCACUUCCCCAAGCUGUUUUCCUUCCAGGGUGAGCGGCUCUGGGGCUUCGCCACACGUGUUCGUUCACCUGUAGUGUGUAGUUGGCCCCCCAAGCGAGAAAAAGAGGCCAGAGGACCUGGCGGGUUCCCAAACUAUUCUUCACACCCACUGAUGAGGCCACGAAUCACGCCUGGUUAACAGCACAGCGUCCUCAGCCGGCUGUUGAUUAACCCAAAAGUUAUGUUCGAGACGUGGCAUGCACUGGGUUCUCGCCCCAUCCCCGUCUUGGUCUGCCCUUGGGACUCCUGGAGACAUAAAGCUCAUCUUUGACCCAAGGGAGGGGUUAGAAACUCACACAAAUGCAGGGAGUGUUGGGGCAACAGCGCAGUGAAUGGAAGGUGAACAGAGGCAGAGGUCUUUUUUUCUGGGUCUCUUCCCAGCCUUCCUUAACUUAAUAAUAAUAAUGUUUUAUUAUUUGUACCCCACCCAUCUGAUUGGGUUGCCCCAGCCGCUCUGGACGGCUUCCAACAUAUAUAACCCCUAGAAGACAACAUAUGUCUUCUAAGGGUUAUAUAGUUACUCGUCUCCUUGACAUCUGGUGGGAGGGCAUUCCACAGGGCAGGAGCCACUCCCGAGAAGGCCCUCUGCCUGGUUCCCUGUAGCUUCACUUCUCGUAGUGAGGGAACUGCCAGAAGGCCCUCGGAGCUGGACCUCAGUGUCUGGGCUGAACAAUGGGGGUGGAGAUGCUCCUUCAAGAGGCAACAUCCUUCAAGAGGCAAGAGGCAACGUGAUAGAAAUGUAAAAUUUUUUACAUGGUCCAGAGAAAGCAGAGACAGAAAAGUUUUCCCCCUCUCUCUUAAUACUGGAACUCGUAAGCAUCUGAUGAAGCUGAAUGUUGGAAGAUGCAGGACAGAUUUUUUAAAAAGCCAUUCUUCUUGCAGUUAAACUGUGGAACUCCCUUCCACAGGAAGCAGUGAUGGCCACCAAUUUAGAUGGGUUUAAAAGACGAGUAGGCAAAUUCACAGAGGAGAGGGCUAUCGAUGGCUAUUAGCUUUAAUGGCUCUGCUCUGCCUCCACUGUUGGACACAGCAAUGCUUCUGAACACCAGUUGCUGGAAACCCUGGGAAGGAAGUGUGCACUUGUGCUCAUGUUCUGUUUCUGGUUUCCCAUUGAGGCAUCUGGUUGGCCACUGGACUAGGUGGGCCAUUGUCCUGAUCCAGCAGCUUAUUCUUACGUUCUCCUCCUUUGCAAAAAAAUUCAGUGUACGCUUAAGCAGUUCUUAGACAAAAGCCAAUGGAAAGCUGCCAUAUAUUGAAUCAGACCCACUGGUUCAUCUAAGCCAGUGUUGUGUGCACUGACUGGCAGCAGCUCUCCAGGGUUUCAGAGAGGGAGUCUUUGCCAGCCAUCCUUUGAGAUACCAAAGACUGAAACUAGAAUCUUCAUGCAAGGCACAUGCUCUACCACAGCUAAGACACUUUCCCCAAGCAACAGAGAAGAAAAACUUGACAGCUAGAGGUUCCCUAUUUCUAGAGGUCAGCAUCAAAUACCUAAAGGCACCUGUCAUUUCCCAGUUCUGCUUUUACCAAGAGAAAUGGACAAGAAGGACUCUGGGGGAUCUGUGACUUGAUGACCCUGUGUGUGUGCCUUCCAACUCUACAGUUGUAUAAUUCUAUAAGAAAUUUAUGCAUACAGGACCCCUGAACCAUAGCUGUGGAUCUUGGGUGCAGAAAAAAUAUGGCAGGGUUCUGCCCCACCUUGCCCUGGUGGACAGCAAGAGCUAUUCAACAGUCAAACAAACUACCAUGGAAGGUGGUGGAUUCUCCUUCCUUGGAGGUUUCUAAGCAGAGGUUGGAUGACCACCUGCCAGGGAGUCUUCAGCUGUGAAUCCUGCAUUGCAGGGGGUUGGACGAGAAGACCCUUGGAGUCCCUUCCAAGUCUACAAUUCUGUGACCAGCUUCUCCUGAACAAAUUCUUGAGGGAUUUAGCAUGUUUGGUGCUGCAGGGAAAUCUAUCUGGGGGUGGUCUGGAAGGUGAUCCGAGCAGCUAAUGUGUUUUCAGCUCCUUGUGUAGCAGAAGUCAGUCCCAACUUGUGAAGACAAUGAAGAUGCAUUGUGCAAAAUUGAACCUCGGUCUUGUGUAGACCACCCUUUGCCAACCUGAUUUCCUCCCAGCGGUUUGGACUACAACUCCCAUCAGCCCCAGCUAGCAUGACUCUAGGUUGCUGGGGUUGAUGGGAGUUGUAGUCUGAAGUGUUUGAAGGCCACCAUGUUGUGGGAGGUUCUACCUUGGGGUUGGGAAGAGAGGAGGCCCGUUUGACUGGCUACUCACAAGAAAUUCCCUUUGCAGUUUGUGCUGGCCAUGGGCAACUACCUGAAUCAUGGGCAACCGAAGACCAACAAAACGACCGGCUUUAAGAUCAACUUCCUCACUGAGGUAAGUGGAGUUGGAGCAGCAUUCUUGAAUUGCAAGGGGCUGGGUCCCUUCCAACUUGACAGUUUUGUGAUUCAAUGAGCCCUCCAAGGGGAGAGGCAUUCUCUCUUGGCUGAUGGCAUGAGUGGUGGUCCCUGGACCUGGGGGCCAAAAUGCGGCCCUCCAGGCCUAUCUGUCAGGCCCGCAUCCCCAGGCCACACCUCUCACCAGCUCAAGUGCUUUUGCCUGGGCUGGUAUGUGUCCUCAAGCAGGGUGAUGCUUCUUGCUUCCUGGGCAGAGGAAUGGAGAGAGAUGAGUGCAUUUGUAGAAACCUCAGGCUUCUGUGUGGGCAAAAUAUUUGCUUUCAAGAUACUCUCUGCUACAGUUGUCAACCAGAAGUCCAGAUGGGGAAGAGGGUGGUGCUUGUGUCCAUUUAAUAGCUGCAAAGGACUAGGGAUUUCCUCUGGUCUAGCCUGGCUUGCAAGUUUCGUCUGCUGAAAUCAUCAACCUCUGUGCAACAAUUGCUUGUGAAAUUUAUAUCCCGCCCUUCUUCCAAAGAAGGAGCUCAGUGUGGUUCAGAACAAAAAGGAAAGACAAACCCACAACCUUUCUCAACCUGUGGGUCCCCAGAUGUUGUUGAACUACUACUCCCAUCACCCCUAGCUAGCAAGGCCAGAGCUCAGGGAUGAUGUGAGUUGUAGUCCAACAACAUCUGGGGACCCACAGGUUGAGCCUUUGAACAUUUCACAUUUAAAUCACAAUCAGCUCAUGAAAUAGUUGCAGAUUAUUACCACAGUGCAAUUCACCAGCAAAUCAAAGGGGCAGGAACUGCCCUGUCCUCUUAUUCCUGCUUGCCCUGAGGUUUGACUAGAUGACCCUCUGGGUCACUUCCGGUUUUAGUUCUAUGAUUCUUUUGCACUCAUGUGGACUAGAAGCUUUGAUGCAGUGGCAAAUGCCUGCGCCGAGUCAGCUACAUUCUCAGGCUGAGCUGCUUGUGGCCUGAAGUUCCCCUGGCAGCCUUCACUUCCAACCCUCCACCUUUCCUUUGCUUUCUUCCAGCUGAAUACCACCAAGACUGUCGAUGGGAAAUCCACCUUCCUGCACAUUCUUGCCAAAUCCCUUAGCCAACAUUUCCCAGAACUCCUGGGCUUUGCCAAGGAUCUGCCCACCGUGCCACAUGCUGCCAAAGGUAAAACGGACGAGGAUGGAGUGUCUAGGAAACAGGGGCUCUGCAGAUGGCUUAGAUGACAACUCAUAUCAGCCCCAGCCAGCUGUGCAAUCCUGGGACUCACACAGGUUAUAGACCAAAACAUCUGGGGGGCAUCAAGUUGCAGGAAGGCUGCCUAGCCCUUGUUUUGGUCCGUAGAAAAAUGCCUAAUCUUGAGCCAGGACCUUAGACCAAUUGGUGCAAUAUUGCUGACACUGACUGGCAGCAGGAGCUUUCCAGAGUUUCAAACAGGGGCCCUCCCAGAACACCCUCAUCCCCGAGAUGCCAUUGAAGAUGGAACCUGGGGCAGACGCUUUAACCACUGAGCUACAGCCCUUUCCAUGACGGGUUCCACACUAAACGCUUUUAUUCCUUGCUUUCCUGCACUUAGCUGGAAUUAAACAGAGGUUCCACUCAGCUCUUAAUUUACCGCUUUUUAAUCCCUUCACCAUUCCUUUUUUAAAAAAUCAACUAUUUACAGAAGAAAUGGAUCAUGCCUAUUCAGUAAUUAGUUUGGUUCAGCAAAGGGCUUUCCCCAGGCAUCUUGAAAGCUUCCUCCUGCCAGGUUAAGCUUCCGGUUUCAUUGUUUCCCAUAGACUUGGGCUGGAGGAUUAGUGAGGAAGGGUCUCGUUUCCCCCUCGAUGAGCCUCUGUGAGUUGCCUCAGGGACAGUUUUGGGGAGUGGGGCAGAGUGGCUGGGAGAGGCUUUGGGAAAUAGCCAGCUAAAUCCUUCUAUUGGCACAAGGUUUUAAACUUGUGCAAUGGAACUCGCUUCCCUAAAUCUGUCCUGGGGUUUCCUGCACUCUCUGGAGCAGAUUUGGGGAGUGGGGAGAUGGGGUGGGGGAAGUUCCAUUGCACAAGCUUAAAUCCUUAUGUUGAUUUGCACUACAUUGGAUGCCUUAGGGAUCGCCUGAACCCUUCUAUCCCAGCUCGAUCAGUGAGAUAAUUUGUAAGAGCAUUGGCCGUCAUUCCGUAGGUUGGCAAGGCUCAUUCAACACAGAAACCAAGCCGGUGGAAUGCUCUGCCACUAGAAAUUCAGCAGGUGCCUUCUGUGCCAGCUUUUAAAUGCUUGCUGAUAACUUUUCUAUUCUGCCAGGCCUAUGCAAGCAAUUAAGAAUACAUUUUUCCACGAUGGUUAGUUGAUAUAAGUUUUUAACUUUUUAAUAGUGUGGUUCCAUGUUUUUAUUGCUAUAAACCACUUUGAUGUAUAUUUUUUAUGACACAGUGGUAUACAAAUAUCUUUUAUGAACCAACCAGCCAAAAAACCCAUAGUUUACUCAUUUCCAGGUUAGUUUUCCCCAACGCACACUUUCUAGUGGUGAACUAGUCAUAGGAAAGAAGGAAAUCAGAAACCAAAAAGAGAAGAAUUUCAAGAAGGAAUGGGGAAAAUUUACAAUGUAUUUAGGAGAACAUUGUAAACAACUAAAAACUUUGGUAGGAUUUUGAGUAAUGCUUGUAAGUUUUUAAACAGAUUAGAGAAAAUAAGAUAAGCAGUAGGAAAAAAAAAAGGUUUGAUAAUGAUAACCAUGGAAGGGCAGAGAAUUCUAAAUGAAGAGGUGAAUGAUGUGCUUGAAUUUAAAUUUGUUAUGUAAAACUUAAUAAUUUUUUUUUAAAAAAAGGAAAGAAGGGGACAUAUCUGUCAGAAUCCUCUUCUCUCUACUGCUUUUUCUUCCUCAGUGAACCAGAGAACAUUAAUGGCUGACCUCCACGACCUCCACACCACCAUUGCUGAGAUUGAGGUUGCCUGCCAGAACAUGGGGGAUUCCCCAGAGGACAGGUUUGCGACAGUGAUGGAUGUAUCCUUUGGUUGAAAAGGCCAGUGUGCUGCGGACAUCCUCUCCAGCCCAGCGCGUAGCGUGGGGGGGGCGGGCAGGGGCGCUAUAGCCCUGGGCACACACAGGGAUCCCCGUUCUGCCCUGCCUGCCACUGGGGGUCUCUGUGCCCCGGAGCCCGGCCUGGCCUUGCUGUCACGUCCCUGGUCUCCUUGCUGAAUGGCCGCUCAGCCAGCAUCAGGGGGAGUCACCUGCCAAGGGCCACGUCGGCCCACAAGGCUCCGCCCGCUUCCAUCCUGAUUUGCUUACAGGGUGUCUUCCCAUGAAACAUUUGUUUAUCUCACAUUUUCCAACACAUUUCUCUGUCACUUCCCGAAGUGCAAAAUGCUGGAUUCAGUUUCAAAGUGGAUUUGUUGUGCUGCGGAGACAGAGCAAUUCAAUCCUCUGUAAUUGCACAAACCCAAGUCUACGUUAUGCACUCAAAUUCCUCCUGCAGAAUAGUGACAUUGAACAGACCCUUUGUAUUCAUAUCAAUUUGGUCCCUGCAGGGACUUUAUUAGCAGGAGCCCCGUCCCUGGGGCAUGGACUCCCCCCCAAACCUUUUCACUAUUGCCCCCAAGCAUUUCUGAAUUUGGGGGAAUUUUAAUUGGAGGUGCUCUUGAUAGGAUGUCAAUUUGAGUGAAUACAUUAGUCUGAAAUGAUUUUAUCUGGAGAUGAUUUGGAAGUAAUAAGUGGGGGGAGAAAUAUUUAAAGAGGAGCUAAUCUGGAAUGAUUUAGGUUAAAGUGCAAAUUUGGUUAAGGAAAUGAGUGAGUGUAAUUUGGAUGGGGAAUUAGGUGGCUUCUGCUGCCUGUGACAUUUAAAAGCCUAAAUUUGCACCUGUUCAUAUAAAUUGGCAUUUGAUAAUUUUAUGCUAGUUUUAUGGAAUGAAACUUUUUAGUGCUUAGCAACACUUCUGGGCUCCCAUGUGUAUCCCUGAGCAUAAAAUGGCUGUGGGUUUGUUUUCUUCAUCUCAUAAUUGGGAUAAAUGGAGUGGGGGGGCAUUCUUUACCUGCCGCUUAGAGUCUGUUUCCUGUGUUCAGUUCAGUGGUUCUCCUCUUAAGUACUGGCAGCCCAGGUACGCAGAGACAGUGGCAGAGUUUAUCCUCCUUAGCCAUCCUCCUCAAGGCCUUCCUGGAAAGUGCUCAUCCCACCAUCCAGUCCCUGAGUGACCUCCAACACAGAGCCAUGGAUGAGUUUGGCAAAGUUUUGUCUUUCUUUGGGGAGGACUCCAAAGUCACAACCUCUGAAGCAUUCUUCGGCAUUUUUGCCGAAUUCAUGAGCAAGUUUGAGGUUUGUUUCCAACUUACAAAUAAUACAAGAUGUUUUUAAAAAUGCAUUAUUUCCAUGCUACCUUUUGUAGCCACUGGCUUGGUCAGUGCUACUCACAAUACCAUAAAAACGCAGGACUGCAUCCAACUAGGGAGGGUGGAGAAUUCAGAUGAGAAGUGAAAUGGGAACGGGAAUGGCUGAAGUUUGCUUAGUCGUCCCAUGCCCAGAACAGAAGUCAAACCAGCAGAUAUGAUUGGGAUUCAGUGUUGUUGUUGCAAGCAACCCAGUUCAUUGCAUUCACCGCACCACCCUUUGCAUUGUUUUCUUGUACCAAAAUGAAUGGGGUGGGAGAACAAUAGUAACAUAACUUACAUAAUUAAUUUUGUAAACUAAGUUCACUGCAGUGGACUGUGAGAUGAAUAAUGUCACUUUGGGCAGAAGGUGGACUGCAGCAGAACGGAAACAGCACUGCUUAUGACGAAUACAGGACAGAAGGGGAAACGGUGUCUUCUUACACCUCCUAUAUCCAGCGUUAGUUCUACUCAGAGAGUAGGCCUUUCGAAAUUAAAGGACCUAAGUGUGUCAUGUCUAUUACAGUGGUACCUCGGGUUACAUACGCUUCAGGUUACAGACUCCGCUAACCCAGAAAUAUUACCUUGGGUUAAGAACUUUGCUUCAGGAUGAGAACAGAAAUUGUGCUCCGGCGGUGCAGCGGCAGUGGGAGUCCCCAUUAGCUAAAGUGGUGUUUCAGGUUAAGAACAGUUUCAGGUUAAGAACGGACCUCCAGAACAAAUUAAGUACUUAACCCGAGGUACCACUGUAUUGUUAUUCAGACCCACUGAAAUUAAUGUUGGACGCACGUCAUACAACCUGAAAUGAAGAAAGACAGAAGCACUUUACAAUCAUUAAAAAAGAUGUGUGCCAGGAAGCUUCCUCACAUGCAGGUGGUGGUGGGGUUUCUGCUGGUUGGAGCGAAUAGUUGGCUCUGCGUGUGAAACCUCAAGAGUUAAGAAACCCCAGAGGACAGGACAGUCUUGGAGAAGGGCAUCCUUUGCCAAACUGGGGCCUUCCAGAUGUUUAGGAUGACAAUUCCCAUCAGCUGGGACAGCUGGGGUGGCCCACAGUCGAGCACCUGUAUUGCAAGCAGAAGGUCUCAGGUUCAAUCCCCGAUGACAUUGCCAGGUAGGGCAGGGAGAGAGUCCUUGCCUGGAACCCUGAAGUGCUGCUGCCAGUCAGUGUGGACAAUACUGAGCUGGAGGAACCAAAGGUCUGAUUCGGUAUAAGGCAGCUUCCAGCAUUUGGGUCGCAAUUUGCCACAAUGUGAUUAAGGUUCGUGCCGAGCUUAUGCUGUGAUGUGAGGCGGUGGAGACACUAGAUGACUGAUUUGCCAGAGGCCCGGAGUUGUCCCCUUUUGACUGGCAGGCCUCCUGUAGGGCUUAAGAGAAGCUUGCCAUUGCACCAAAGGGGAAAGCCUUCCCUGUUGGACACCCCCUUGUGUGUUCUUUGCUUGGUCUUGUCUUUGGGGAACCCCCAGGGCUGCCUCUCACGCCUCCUCCUUCUCUCCCCGCAGCGCGCCUUCAGCGACGUGCAGGCUGGCGGGGAGCCCCAGCGCAGCCCCAGGAUGACCCCGCCUCUUGCCUGGUGA